AUGCGAGGUACUAUUAAUCCAAACUCUUUGUUGUUUGAUCUAGAAUUAGAAAAGACAAUUAAGAAGAACAGAAAGGCAGCAAGACAAAGGAAGUUACAAGAAAAGGGUGAAUCCAGUGUGACAAAUCAGGAAGAGGUCAUGGAAGAAAAUCACAGGCCACCACCACAGAGGACAUUAGGAGAUUACAUGACUCCCACUGUCAUUCCACCGAUUGGGAGUGUUAUUCGACCCACUGUGGAGCCUAACAACUUUGAGUUGAAACCAACAUUAGUACAACUGGUGCAGAAAGAACAGUUUGCUGGCACAAGUGCAGAAGAUCCAUAUCUGCACAUUGAGAAUUUCUUACUUUUGAGCGAUACGGUGAAGAUCAAUGCAUCAAAAAGGGCGAAGUUGAAGGAUGAGAUUACAGAGUUCAAACAAAAAGAAUCAGAGUCUAUCUAUGAAGCUUGGGAGAGGUUCAAAACACUCUUGAGGAAAUGUCCACAACAUGGAAUCGAAGUGUGGAAUCAAGCGGAAAUAUUUCUCCAAGGGUUGACAACCAACACAAGGACAUUGGUGAAUGCCACAACUGGUGGUUCAUUAACAACCAAGACUCUUCAGGAAGCCCUUGACAUAUUUGAAUCUCUAGCAUCUCAAGAAUUUGACAAUGCUCCAGUAAAUGACAGAAGAACGAGAAUUAUAAAACUUGAUGGUUAUGAUGCUUUGUUAGCCAAGAAUGAUCAGAUGAUGCAAAUGCAAAAACAACAACAACAGUUGGAUGCUCUCACUAAGCAGCUAUCUUCUCAAAAGGUUGCUUCUGUAGACACUAAUCCUAUGUGUGCAAAUUGUUGGAAAUGCCAUGUUACAGAAGAUUGUGAUUAUGGGAGAUCUGCAGAACAAGCAGAAGUGAAUGGGGUAUGGUAUAAUCAGAAGAACCAGAACAACCAGGGGCAAAAUUUGUAUGUUCCGCCAUGGGAGAAUAGAAAUCAACACCCAGGGUUCGGUUAUAGUUCUAAUCAUCAGUUGAAUCCUCCACUGCAUCCUCCACCACAUUCUUCACAACAAGGUGAUACCUCUGCAUGGGAGAAAGCUUUUACCCAGUUAUCUAAGAUGACUACAGAUUUUAUUCAGGAUUCAAAUUCUUUCAGAGAAGAAGAAACUUCUGCAUUCAUGCAAGAGACAAAAACAUCAUUUAGGAACCAGGAAGCAUCUAUCCAGAAUUUAGAGACUCAAAUUGGUCAGUUGUCCAGACAGAUAUCCGAGAGACCACAGGGGAAGUUCCCAAUUGAUACAAUGGUGAAUCCAAAAGAGCAUUGCAAAUCCAUUAUUACAAGAAGUGGGCUUGUGCUUGAACCGGUUAAAAAGAAAGUGGAAGAAAAGAAAGAGGAGGAAUAA